AACUCUUGUUUACAAAUAAGGAAGUGUACAUAAAUAUUACAAAACACUGUUGUUCAAAUUAUUGACUGAAACAUUUUACCUUAUAGUAAUAAAAUAUUUUGUAUGAAUGCUUUAUUUUAUUGUAUUAAUUUCUAUUUUGAAUGCCUUAUAAUUAUUUAAGAAAAGUCAAGGUGUUUCAAUGCUUUAAUUUAGUGAUAAGUGCCGUAUAAAACAACAUGGUGUGAGCCUGAAUGAUUUAAUUUUUUGUGAGCGAUUGGAAAUUAUUUGUUGUGAUAAUGAAGCGCCAAAACGUCCGCACACUAUCCCUCGUGGUCUGCACAUUUACAUAUUUGUUGAUCGGUGCCGCAGUUUUCGAUGCUUUGGAGUCCGAAACUGAAAGUAAACGAUGGGAAGUACUGUCUGACAUGAGAAACGGUUUAAUACGUAGAUAUAACAUAACACCAGAAGACUACCACAUGAUUGAGAUAGUUAUCAUCGAGAACAAGCCACACAAAGCCGGACCGCAGUGGAAGUUUGCCGGAGCUUUCUAUUUUGCAACCGUAGUACUGGCUAUGAUUGGUUACGGGCACUCUACACCUGUCACUUAUGGAGGGAAAGCGUUUUGUAUGGCUUAUGCAAUGGUGGGAAUACCUCUAGGCCUGGUGAUGUUCCAGAGUAUAGGUGAACGUCUGAACAAGUUCGCAUCGGUCGUGAUACGGCGAGCUAAGUGCUACCUCCGAUGUAACACUACGGAAGCAACUGAGAUGAAUCUUAUGUUCGCUACUGGAAUGCUCUCGUCCAUUAUUAUAACUACAGGUGCUGCUGUAUUUUCUCGCUACGAAGGCUGGAGCUACUUCGAUAGCUUCUACUAUUGUUUUGUUACUUUAACUACUAUCGGAUUCGGUGACUACGUCGCCUUACAGAAUGAUCAAGCCCUAACCAGCAAGCCUGGGUAUGUGGCUCUGAGCUUGGUGUUCAUACUGUUUGGCCUGGCCGUGGUCGCCGCCAGUAUCAACUUGCUAGUGCUACGAUUCAUGACUAUGCAAGCUGAAGACGCAGCCCGCGACGAGGAAGAUAAAGAUGGCUCCAGAACUCUCCUGCCAAUAGAUGAACAUCCUAUAAUGGGCCGACAGAGGUCUCACGACGAUCAAGCAUCGGUAUGUUCAUGUAACUGCCUGGGCAACAAGCAGUGUGAGGGCGGAGCCCUAUUGGCGGCUCCGCAGCGUCCGCAUCGCCUGCACCGCCGCGUGUCUCUCGCACUCACUCCCGAACUCAUUGAGAGAGCUUCCGUCUAAAUGUAAGUAAAUACUUACGAUGUUGAAAGAAGGUGAUAGAGAAAGGAAAGAUACAAUAAAUGGAAAGUAUAACUACAUUGUUCUUAACAAGAUAAUACUAAAAUUGUAUAGUCAAAUGAGUUUAACGAGAAGGCAAAAGGACAAAGGGCUGAGAUGUGCUAUGCUACGUUGCUGUGGAUGCGUAUGGCUUCCAUCAAUCAUAUUCAUUGGUACACAUAGCUUAGCACUGGUGGAAACUGACUCAGCUAAGCUAUGUUUUUAUAUGGAAAGAUGCGUGCUAAUGAUGUCGUCCCUACUGUCGAUACUUCGCAUACUCAUACUCAUGCUGCCCGUUCUUGGCACAGCUACAUAGCUUAGUAUCAGUGGAAACGAUAAUAUAACUUCACAGCUUAACUACUACAUCUUCGUAGCAUAGCUACAUAACGCAUCUCUGGUGGAAAAGCACCCGUAUUAGGAACAUAUAAUAUUUUAAGUCUGGGUUUACUAUCACAUUUGACUCAUAGUGACAACAUAACUGGUUAAAAUUGGUGGGUACAUUGUAAUUGUACAGCUCAGCCUCUUCUAAAGGGUUACCUUCGAGGAUUAAAGGGCGAAACUUUAUGCUAUGUUUUAAAAUAAAGAUUUGAGAGUCAUUGUUAACUGGGUGGGAACGAGUAGAUAAAAUAAUAAUUAGUACAUACUUAAGCACAAAACAUUGUUUUAAUAGUUAUAUCUAAGUGUCUAACAUAUUUGUUAUAUAAACGAAAACAUUCUAAAUUAAGACUGUAAGUCCAGAUACAAUACAUAUUGUAUUUUUAUUUAAAAAUGUUGUCACAGUAUUAGCUUGGCGCAAUAUUUUUUUUCUGUUGGAGAAAAUUAUUCAAUGACUUCUCCUGCUUUGGACGGGGAGAGAGGGAGUGUCAGACUCUUACUGACUAAAAAUCAGCCCGUUUCUUCUCCUGCUUAGAGCCGGAGCCCCGGUAAUCAAUUACGUUGUCCGCAGGUCGGAUUGUAUUUUAAUUAAACAAUGUUUUCACAGUAUUAGCAUAGCACAAUACCUGUGUUUAAAAAAAAAUGCUGACAGUGCAUACAUAGCAAUUGAUGUUAUUUACACAAUUAUGUAUUUGUAGAAUUUACAUAUACGUUAGUGCUGUGAAAAUAAAUUAUUAGCUGGAUGUCUGUCUGUAGAGUUAGAUAAUAAUAAUUUAGAUGCCAAAAAAUAAUUAUAUUUUGAAAAUGACAAAAUAAAUGUUAGUGUUCUGUAAUGAAUUGUUUUGUAAUUCUGUAGCUGUAUGUCGGCAAUAUUAUUAAUGAUAUGCGUGAAGCCAUAAAAACAAUAUUAUAUGCAUAAAGAUUUGCCAGCACAAAAUAAUAGAAUUUAACAAUGUUAUGUAUAGUAUACCUACUUACAUAGAAAUAGCACAACCACUUUUUGGUAGAAUUCGAACAGCCCUGUAGAACCAAUAUAUAUUUAUAUAAAAGUAAGUCAUUAUUAUUCAAUAAGGGAAUCUCCAUAAAUGCAAUGAUGUACUUCCUUUAGCGUUGUGGUAUUAGGUGUUGUCUGUUUUGUGUCAACAUUUAAGUAAUAAGUAAAAUAAAAGCACUAAAUAUUUAGCUCUAAGUAUUUUACACUGGUCAAAAUAUAUAUCUACAAUUAUUAUUAUUGUACUAUAAGGGCCAUAACUCACCGGGAUACUAUGACGACGUGGCCAGCGACGUCGCCGAAUAGUUCGUAUUGAGAUGUAUAACAUAACAUGCCCGACAGGGUCCUUAGGUAAUUGUUACCCACAUAUUAUAUAGGAACUAUGUCACAUUAGGGGCAGCAAUAAAAAAUAAUAAUUUUGAACUCACUUGAAGACCGAUUGGCGACGUAGCCAAAUAUACGAACUCAUGGCAUCCCAGCGAGUGAUGGCCCCAACGCCCCCACUUUUAUGUACCUUUAUUAAUUUUUCACAGUCCCAUAGCAAUUAAAAGACAUAGUGUAUAAGGUCACAGUGCCAAAAAUUUUAUAUGAAAUCUUUUGAUGUUAAAUGUAGUUUAAAUAUUUGUAUUAUAGUAUAAAAGCAAUAUUUCCAAACUAAAGUGAACUGAUACUAGAAAAUUUAUUUACAACUAUGUAUGUAGGUCGAACAAUGUAUUGCACAGAAUGUAUGUGGGCAGUAUUACGGUUUUUCGACAAUUUCUCAGUAGUAGCACGGAAUCUGGAAUAAAAUUGUGCCCAGUCAGUGCCCAGGCUACAGGCUCAACCCCUAUUACAUGGGACUUAUAACACAAAUGGGGAAAAGUAGGUGUAGGUACCUACAUUGUACAGUGGCAUUAAGUGCCGUAAUGUGCAAGUACACCUCUGCCUACUUCUUCAGCAAUAAAAGGCGUGACGAUGGGUCAAAUUUGAAAAAAAUCAGUUUCAAUUCGCUUUAGUUUGAGAAAAGUAUAAAAGCGACCUUAUGAAGAGGUAAUAAAUAAUAGUAUUAAUUAAACUAAGGUAAAUAUAGAGGACGCCUGUUUAUUUAUUGUUGUUAGAUGUUGUGUUAAAACUCUAUAAUAUUAAUUUCUAGUCAUUAUUUCCAAUACUUAGGUACCUACUCUUCAUUGUAUAGCCAUAUUAUGAUGGCUUUUUAUCCAUAAUAAAUUACGUUUACUUAAUAUAAAUACAAAAUGUUUAAUAUUAAUCUGUGAUAUAAUUUUGAUCUCACGAUAUUGUUUUAUUAUGAACACAGUAUAGUGUACCAGUCUACGCCUUUAACACUCGCCAUGUAACUAGUGUUAUUAUUGUAUACCUACUAUGGUGUUCGAUGUAAUGAAUAAAUUAAAGUUUUUGUAAUAAA